UAAGGAGAGAGAAAGGGAACAAGAAAACAAAAGGCUCCCUACCCUCAUGUCUUAAGGUUCCUCCAAACAUGGCCUGGGUUUUCGUUCUUCUCUCAGCUAUGAUCCAUUGAGACAGGAGAAGCAAAACUUCUGAGGAUUGACUUGGGAGUGUGGAAGCACAAGGAGAUCUGAAGCAGAAGUAGACCCCCAAAAGUUGAGGCAUGAAUAGAGGAGUGUUUCGGAGCUCUCUGGUGCAGCAGCAGAUGAUGGAGGGAAGUCCAAACUGCUGGAGCACGAACAAUAUGAAGCCACCUCCUGAGCUACCCUUUCCUCUACUUCCUGCCUCUUCUUCCCCUUCGGUCUUCCCGCAGAACCCACAGCCUUCCGAUACCGAGAUCUCACCUUGGCAAGAUAGCCAUGACUUGUUGGAGUCAUGGUGCCAGCUAUUGUUAUCUUCCAGGGGAGGACUUGUGGGAGAAGAAGAGAAGCAUGGUUGGACUCCUUUCCAGACCAAGAAGAUGAUGAGUAGUGAUGACCCGCGUGAUGAGGUACUGUUCCCCUCAGCUACUGCGCAUAUAGCUGACAUGAAGCAAGAGUACUCUGGAAGUGGAUAUGUGCAUAGCCAUGGGAACGAAGGGAUCCAGGUCUCUAGAUCUGCAUGGGGUCAAAUCCUACCGGCUUCAUCUCCAAGAUCCUGUAUCACAACCAGUUUCAGCACUAACAUAUUGGACUUCUCGAACAUGGCACGUCGCCAACCAGACAAUUCGUCGGAGUGCAACAGCACAGAAACUGCUCCAAACAAGAAGGCUAGGGUUCAGGGAUCUUUUUCUCCAAAAUCUACUCUCAAGGUGAGGAAGGAGAAGUUAGGGGAUCGAAUAACAGCACUUCACCAGUUAGUCUCCCCCUUCGGAAAGACUGACACUGCGUCUGUAUUGCAAGAAGCCAUUGGCUACAUCAGAUUCCUCCAGAGUCAAAUUGAGGCUCUCAGCUCGCCGUACCUGCAAGGCAGUGCAUCAGGCAACAUGAGGCAGCCUGGAAUUGGCUAUAUCAACAAAGAAAAAGAUACUCCACCGGCAUUAGCUAAUCGAUCAGCUACACAAUAGGCUUCCCUCAAUGUAUGGGUAAUGUUGGCAUUGUAGAUUAAUAUAUUGUCUUUUUCAUUUAUGAUUAUGAUCUACAAAGAUAUGAUUUUUUUUAUUCAUAUAGCUUUUUUGUUGUCAUCUCAUGCACAUACAUGGAUCUUAAUUCUGGGACAAAUUUUAUUUUGAGACGAUGAAAUUGUUCUUCAGUGUUGAUGGUUAUCAAAUCAUGAAAGAUGACUGCUCAUUCCUGCUCAACAAAAUAGAUACAGUAGUAAUAGGAAUCAUUCUUUUUCAUCUCCUUUGUUGAGUUCUCUUUGGUUAGAUGGACUUCCUCCAUUAUUAUACUAUAGUGAUUUUCAAUGGGCGAAUUCUCGAAAAAAAAAUUUCUUCUUUAAUUUUAUCUGAGAGGUGUCAUUGAUUCAUAUUUCCCAAAGAGCAUCUCCUAUUUGUUGACAUUGUUGAAAUAUCCCCUGAUAGGAUAACUAGACCGAUAACCCAAUCCAUAAGAUGAAUAGAUCCAAUCCCCAUAUAUAGGAUUUAUAUUGUGAGUUAUAAUAUUUUUGAAUUGACAUAGAAUGUUUUUUUGAACCUCCACUAAUAUACUGUAACUCUAUUUAAAAACAUUGUAACUGAGGUAAAUAGGUUUGAAACCCCAUAUAAACUAGCUUAUCUAUAAAAAAUAAUAUUUCAGAUAAUUAUUUAGGAAUAAGAACAACAAAAUAGAGAGACUUUUAUAUCAAUUAUAAUUUUUUUAAUUAAUAUAAAUAUAUUUAAAAUUAUUAUAACUGAAGAAUUGAACUGAUCUAUAGCAAAGGAGGUAUAUUUUAGAGUCUAUAGCAAAGGAGGAAUAUUUUUUGGGAUAUAUGAAAAAGAAGAUCUUUGAGAAAAACUAAAAAUAAUAAUAUUUUUUUCGAAAAUUCGCACAUUUUAAGGUAUAAUCAUAUCCUUUUUCUUAGUAUUUGCUUGCAUAGUUAGUAAGUGUGUAAUAUAUCCCUUUUCUUUUUUC